UGAAAUCUGUCAUUUGACAGAUACGAAAAAAAUGAUAGAAGCAAAGCCUGGAAAACAAAACAAUAUUUUUCAACACAAUAAAAUACUAUCCCGAAAUCAGAAAACUGUGGUGUAAUUUCCAAAGUUCUUCUUCACAAUGAGCUAUGAGGAGAGACAGAAAGCUCUCUUCGCUAGUCUGGAAUCAGCAGAGCAGGAAAUUUCAUCCGAUUCUAUCCUUCAUCAGCAGCAAACCGAAUAUGAUGUUCGUAAUCGAGACGACGCAGAUCGUGGAAACCGGGCCGAUCGUCGGCGUGAAUACAGUGUAGCACAAAGGUCUAUUCGGAAGUUCCGCGGCCGUGAAAGCAUUUUCAAGCGACCUGCACUUCCAAUCGGGAAGUGUUUGCCAGUAUCUCGCGUACCGGAUUUCAAGAAAAAUCCUCACAAAUGGACUAAAUAUUCCCUAGAGGAUGUGGACACCAGCGAUCGAAGUAACACGGCAGCUGCUUUCACUUUUCUUCGAGAAAUGGAAGCACAGAAGCGUGAUGAACAGAGUAGGGAAGAAGCAGAAGGGUCAACCGCGUUCAGAGAAAAGGUUCGAUUCAAUCGCUCUUUAAAGCUAAAAACUCAACUGGAGGAUCCCCCACCUACGGGCGAAGAGGACAAACCAAUAGUGAAAGGAUCUAAAGUUCUCAUGCCGGAGUACGUUGUGGGACAAAAAGCUAAGAAGUCUAAACCAGCUAAAAAGGAUGCGACAUCUAAGCCAAGUCGAAAUAAGGAGCUGAAAUUGGAUCAUCUAUUGGAUGCCGUCGACGAAGAGGAUGAAGUGGAUUAGAAGAUAGACGGGUAAUUAUACGAGUAACUAUCUAAACAUGUAAUAAUGCAUUUUCUUCAUUGUCGCUAUGAG